CAAAUCCAAAUUAACAGUAACUUCGGAAACCCAUAAUUAUCGAAACUUACAAAGACUUGUUAUUGCAUGAGAGACUUGUGAGCUUAUUAGACAAGAGAAACGGAACAGUGUGCAAGAGACAGAGAGAGAGAGAGAUUCAAAAAUGUCGAAGAUAGCUUUAGGGAACGAAUCACUUGUUGGGUCUUUGACUCCAUCGAACAAGAAGUCGUACAAAGUGACCAAUAGGAUUCAAGAAGGGAAGAAGCCUCUGUAUGCUGUUGUUUUCAACUUCCUUGAUUCUCGUUUCUUCAAUGUCUUCGUCACCGCUGGUGGAAAUAAGAUUACGCUGUACAAUUGUCUUGAAGAUGGUGCCAUAUCUGCACUGCAAUCCUAUUCUGAUGAAGAUAAGGAGGAGUCGUUUUACACUGUAAGCUGGGCGUGCGGCGUUAAGGGGAACCCAUUUGUUGCGGCUGGAGGAGUGAAAGGCAUAAUCCGAGUCAUUGACGUCAACAAUGAAACGAUUCAUAAGAGCCUUGUGGGCCACGGGGAUUCAGUGAACGAAAUCAGGACACAACCUCUGAAACCUCAACUUGUGAUUACUGCAAGCAAGGAUGAAUCUGUUAGGUUGUGGAACGUUGAAACUGGGAUAUGUAUUCUGAUAUUUGCUGGAGCCGGAGGUCAUCGUUACGAAGUUCUAAGUGUGGAUUUUCACCCCACUGAGAUUUACCGUUUUGCUAGUUGUGGCAUGGACACCACCAUUAAAAUAUGGUCCAUGAAAGAGUUUUGGACUUAUGUUGAGAAGUCAUACACAUGGAAGGAUGACCCAUCAAAGUUCCCUACAAAGUUUGUACAAUUCCCUGUAUUUACUGCUUCAGUUCAUACAAACUAUGUAGAUUGUAACCGUUGGUUUGGUGAUUUUAUCCUUUCAAAGAGUGUGGACAAUGAGAUCUUGUUGUGGGAACCACAACUGAAAGAGAACUCUCCUGGAGAGGGUACUUCAGAUGUUCUACAAAGAUACCCGGUUCCAAUGUCUGACAUCUGGUUUAUCAAGUUUUCAUGCGACUUCCAAUUAAGCUCUCUUGCAAUAGGGAAUCAAGAAGGAAAGAUUUAUGUCUGGGAUCUAAAAAGUUGCCCUCCUGUUUUGAUUACAAAGUUAUCACACAAUCAAUCCAAAUGUGUGAUCAGGCAAACCGCUAUGUCCGUUGAUGGAAGCACAAUUCUUGCUGCCUGCGAGGACGGGACCAUAUGGCGUUGGGACGUGAUUACCAAGUAGCAAACUGAGUCUUCUCAGAACUGAUGGAUUAGGAAUCUGAAGGAAGAAGAUAUAAUAUUGUUUUGUUGUAACUCAUAUAUAUAUAUUUAUCAGACUACAAUUUGGGAAAGUUUAUUGCUAUUCCCUGAAACUCUUAAGAUGCUAUUUAUAGCGUCAAUAACUUCUUUAAAACCUUUAUUGAGAUCUCUGUUUUAUAGUCUUUCUGUUCAA